CUUUAUGCGCGGCAACUUUUCCUCUCGGAAAGCACGACGGGAGAGCUCUCGGCUUUAAAAACCCGGCCGACUCGCCGUCGAUGGCAUUCGAGAGGCGGUGAAUGGCGGACGAUGACACGCGCGUCCUUGCGAGCUCGGCCUCGCGGUUGCACGUUAGAUAUUGCAUAACCGCGUUCCUCCUCGAGCGUUCGCACGAAUCUUUCUCGAAGAUUCCUAUUCCCGACGAUCCUGAUUGUCGCCAAUUGAAGUAACCACCGAGAUUUUACGGCAUCGCGAAUGUUCUCGGUUUAGCCGCGUUCCCGACGAGCUCACGUCCGGGUACUUUCUCACAGAAUAUGCGAGAAACUACGAGGUUUUCACCAGGCGACAGUAAGUCUUCGGGAAGCUUUACGCGAUUAUACAGGAAGAAUUCGCUCGACGUUCGGUCGUCGUUACUUUCGCGCGCAGAAGAACCGACGUCGCAGUACCGUGACUGCCGGCCGGAAAGGAUGUAGAUUGUCGUUUAUCGCGACCGACAAACGAGAAUAACGUUGAAUCUGAGGAUGGUGGAAGCGGCCGCGUAGGAAAAUGCGUUGGCAAUUGGUGAGAGUUUUUCACGAGGAAACCGACCGAUCCGGUGUGAUGAUAAUUCGCGAUUCGCGCCGAUUCGUCUUUUUCUCCGCGAGAAAGAAAUCGAGCUAGGCGGAGAAAAGGAGAAGGGGGGAGGGGAAGGGAGUAUUGUCAAGACGAUUAAUACGAUGGUCGUCGAGGCAGGAAAUGUCCAAUAGCCAUUCUUUCCGCUCACUUCUUAUCUUAUAUGCCUUCUUUUCUUCUCUUGAUAUUCGCGCGCUCCUACGUUGUCGUCCAUUCGGCUCAACGGCACGUUGAUUACUGCCCGUAGGAUCCACUCCCUCCCAAUCGAAACUGCAACAAUUCACUUGGUCCGGACUAUAAUUACCCUAUUAUCAUCCCGUCGGCCAGUAAUUCCCUCGUUAACUUCUAAUGAGCUGCAAUCUGUGCAUUUCGAGCGGCCACUUUGGCCCCUUCCAAUCGAUACGAGAGCGCGCGCUUUCGCGAGAAACUAGCUGGCCGCGCGAAAAGUACUCGUCACGUACCGUGAGAGAAUAACAACGCCGACGAAUUUUCAGUAGGGGAAAGCGAAGCGUGAAACACGCAAUGAGGAGAUGCGUAUUUUUAUUUUCCAAAUGAAAAUCUCCAGUAAACUCUCGCUCAAAUCACGAAUACUGUUUGGACGCCUCUCUCUCUCUCUCUUGUAUGUACUUUUUACUCACUGAUUUGUGUGUUCGCAUUUUUCCCGUUCUCCGCGUGUGCAUUCAACAUUGACAAAGGUCCGAAACGUUUGUCAGUCGUGUUAUUAAUAGAGCAGUUUCCUGCGUAGCGACGCAUUAAUUUCACUGCACGAAAUUCCUCGACGCAGAUAUUAUCCAGCUCUCGGCUCUCACACAGGCUUUUAUUUUAAUUAACUUCGUUAUUUCUCCGCCGAUAUUCGCGAGUGGAAUUCGACAUCAUCGAUAUCUCACGCUUUCUUCUGAUACAACCACUCUCGGAAUCGAGACUUUUGACGCACGUCGUCGCCGGGAACAGGAAUCGUCGAUAUAUUUCAUAUCGGUCGGGCCGCGAGCGAUCUUGUCAUUGAUCUUGGGGCGCACUUCGAGAUCAUCAAGAUCUUAACGACUAACGGACGAGGGCAAUAAAUUUGAUUGGGCUGGCAAAUUGUCGGCCGCCACGAGGAGGAAGAGGCGACGUUCGGUCCACUUCUUCAUAAUGGCCAAUUGUCGCGCGACGGAAUCGUCCGAGUGCGUGUCCUAAGUAAACAAUAGAAUCGCUCGCGGAGACAGCAGCGUCUCUUUCUCUCUCUCUCUCUUGCCACGUUGUCGUUUUGUCGUCGACGCGUUUGCGCUAAUUCCCUCUCAUUGCUUUAACCCUCUUCCGCUUCUCCGUUGUCUCGCGUAAAUAUUUAAUAGUUUCGUCGCCGCAAGAGAGAGAAAGAGAGAGAGAGAGAGAUGGGUCUCGUCCUUCGCCAAUCGGAGUUGGCGAAAUUCCACGCGAGUCUCCGCGAAUAAGUUCAUAAUCGUAUUAAGUAAAUCAACAUCUCGGGAACGCAUUUCAACUCUCACGAAAUUGAAUAAUAAUGAUAAUUCCCGUCGUGCAGUCCGAGAGAGAAAGAGAUAAGUGCCGUCACGUUGGGAUCACAGGGGGAACGAUCGAAUGUUCAAGUCGAUGAUCUCUCUUCCAGCUUUACUCAGCCAAAGAAUCGCUUUAUGGGUUCACGAGGAGUCCCUAUCUUUGCAGCUUUAUCCUACCAAAGAGUGCGAGAGUGAAUAAAUUACGGUGCCUUACUACCGACGACAAUAACGCAUUGUCGCCGACCAUUUAAAUAAGACGAGCGAUAACGCGACGAGAGAGAGAGAGAAGAUUCGCGUCGUGUCCGAGGACACUCGAAGACGUGGGCGAUCACGACAGACGGCUGUAUUCGGAGGUAAGAUCGUGGGUCGACCUCUCCAGAUGAAAUUUCGCAAAACCUCCUCAUCCAGCCCGAAGAUGGAAUUACUCUCGAGACGUUCCUCGGGUGGCAGGAUGUCGACCUUGAAGAGGUCGAGAUCCUUCCGGGCGUCUGUGAAGCUGAUGUCGAAGAUACGCAAUCACGCCAAUCUACGAUUGGCCGGCUACGACCCUUCGGCCACCUCGAGAAGUCUCACGAGAAAGGAACUCAACCCUCAAGUUCUCGAAGAGCCUCGGCACGAGAGUCGACCUUCGAGUCCACAGAAGAAUCCUGAAGACACGAAUUCACGCAUCCGCGACGAGUCGUCGUCAUCAACGUCGCGUCCUCGAAAGACCUCGGUGUCGGCGAACGACGAUCGCGAUUCGCGGGAGAUCGUGAAGGAUCUGAAGAGCAAGCUGUCCUUGACCGACAGGAUAAUGGGUAAAGGUCGCAAGGACGUGGACAAAUCCUCCACGAAGGACGAGAACGUCAAGUCGCCGAAGGUCAUUCGCAUCUUUCGCAGAAAGCACAGUAUCGAGAGCUCACACGAGAGCGCUCGGGCAAAGGACCACGACGGCAAACGCGUGUCCUGCGAGACGGACACAUGUCAAGAGAACAAACAAGCGUCUUACGAGAACCCUGUGUUCCUACCGGACAGUUCAUUGGACUCCUCCGUAUCGAGUUUCCUCUUUGAAGUCGGAGAAGAGGCGGUGGAAGAGGAGGAAGGGGAGGGCAAGGAGCAAAGGCGAGAUUGCGAAAGCGGGUGCGACGUACUGACCGUCAUCGUGGAUUCCCGCAAAGCCGCGAUUAAUCAGCCUCGGUAUCGCGAAGCUAGCCACGAGCGAGAUAAGAGCGGGAACGAAGAAUACGUUGAGGACGAAGUGUCGCGGGAGGUGUUUCGUCGCAGAUGCGAGACGGAUCCUUCGCGAUGUCUCUGCGAAGUGAGGGCCAACGGAAGAGGCGAGGAGAGGGCAUCCUACCGCAGGAUCGCCGAGUCCUUCAGCGGAUUCGAUCGUUCGCGGAUCUCCAAGCUUCAUUGUAAGACGACGCACGAUACGUGCGCGGGGAGAAAUGCGAGGACCGGCUGCUCGCAGGAUCAGAGGUCCCUCGAGCAUGUAAAAAGAGGCAACGCUACCUGUCCUACUUCGAAAUCCUGCGGAAUCAGGACGGUCGAUAACAUCGCGAACUUUUGGACGAGCGGCCGUGCCGGUAGUUUCCGCAGUAAAAUGGCGACUGAGCUACACUCGUUGCAAGGGAUGGAGUUCCUGGAGGGUUUCGGCAAGAAGAAACAGCAGCCGCACCAGCAACUGAAUAACCUGUCGUCGAUACAUAUCAAUCCUCUCUCGGCCCAAUCUCUCAACAUACAUCUGCAUGCUCUGUUCGCGGCUGUGGAACAUGGUCACCUGGAUAAAGCGCGAACUAUUUUGGAGUCUACCGACGUGGACGUAAAUAGCGUUAACAGCGACGGCUUGUCACCGUUGGACGUCGCCGUGCUUAGCAACAACAGGCCGUUGGCAAAAAUGCUGGUUGCGUUCGGCGCGCAGGAGGGAAACCAAUUCAAGUCCCCGGAAUCUUUGGGCAGCCACUUGGCAUCGUUGCUCUCGGAAGCGGAACACCGGGUUCAAGAACUCGGCGGCAGCACUUCCGGCAGUGGUGGGACCACUCUAUUGGAACCACCCAGCAGCCAUAGGGCGAGUUUUUCCACGCAACAUAAUAACCUCACAGGAUGCGGCGGUAGCACCGAGGACAAGCAGCUCGCUCUGUGGGAGAGGAGAGCCCGGGCUCUCAGAAAAAUGUUGCUCGGUUUCGACCAAGCGCGACCACCCGAUAUGCCUUUUUUGGUUGCGGUCGACGUUACCGGAACGACCUCGGUAACGGUCAGGUUUCAAGAGCCCGACUCGCAUGAUUCCCCGAUCUGCACCAAGUUUAAAGUUCAGUGGAGCCUACACGAGGACUUUUCGGUCGUUUGCGGCGAGAAGGAAGUUUUGGACAUGAAGCAGAGGGAAUGCCGUAUCGAUGGUCUAACCCAAGGCCAGAGAUAUCAUUUUCGCGCCGCCGCCGGAAAUCUGAAGGGUUACAGCAGAUUUAGAAAUUCGACGCCCGCGCAUGUGACACCCAGCAGUUGGAGGGACAUCGACGGCAGAGUGCCGAGAUUUGCGGGCCGACUGGAACAACUGAACGCCCUAUUCACCGACAUCAGACGACCAGAGUAUACGCAGGAGACGCCGGCGGUACAGAGGCGAAAUCACAAGAAGAAAACAACGAUAAAGCAGCUGUUCACAGCGACGAGCAAGUUUCAGAAGAAUCUCAGGCGUGGGGUGUUCCUCGCGUGUCUACUCUACCACGAAGACAAGGUUCUAGUGACCAACGAGGACUUCCUACCCGUGAUCGAGGUCGACGAAACGUACCCCAGCUGCAUGUACAAUGACUUCCAUUGGCUCAUGAAGGUCGCCUGCACCUGGGACGACGUCAAGUCCCUCCGGCAGGAUAUGGAAAAGAGUCACAGCAGCUCGACUAACCAUUUCAGGAUAAAGCUGCUUCAGGCCGCUGCACAAAUGCAGGCCGCACUGUGCACACAGGACCUCGGACAGUUGUACCACAAGCCUAUCAGAGACAUUCAAGGUACCCUGGUGUUCUCGACGGUGAAUUACAUCAAGUCACCGAAACUGGUCUCCGUGCUGAACAGCAGGUGGUUGCCGCUCAGCAAGGUCAUAAAGAAGGUCAUCACGCACGAGGACAGUAACGUGGGCGAUAUUUUGAUGGCCAGUAUACAAGAGCAAAUGACAUAUCACCAGGUCAGCGGUAUCAAGUUGUCCAAGGGCCUGUACCUCGGCUACUUGAAGAUGCAGAGCAGCGUGGACCUCAUCCAGGUCGUCGUGCCGACGAAAUCGCCGAACGUCCUGCCGCACUGCAAGAUCCGCGACAAUCCGCACGUGUCCGCGGAGGAGUGGGACUACCUGAAGAGAGUGACGCGCAUUUAUCUGUCCGAGUCUUCCGUGAAGGAGUCGGAGGAGAAGGAGAACGUGACGAACGAAUCUCAGGGCACGGAGCAGCAGAAGCUGUUCGUCGAUCUGGUGGCCGCGACCGCGCGACGACUGUUCAAUUACAUGGAGAUCAGCCCGGAGGACUCGCUGGUGCAUCGGCUGUACGACGCCGAGGUGAUCGAUCUGACGCACGACGUGUCGUUCCUGAUCGCCGUGCCGCCCGCCGAGACCGCGUGCUGCGUGCCCGGCACGCGGGAGAUCCUGUUGCAGCGCGGGGACCUCCUGUCGCUGCCGAUUCAAGUGUUCGAGAUGGUGCACUUGAACACGUAUCAGAAGGACGUGAUCAACCGUUACUCGCGGCUCAGCUGUAUCCUCGAGCUGGACACGGCGCAGGCGCAGCAUAAUCACCGGGAGGCCUUCAGCUCGUUGGAACUGAGCGUCGCCAAGGACAAACUCGCGAGGCUGCAGGACCUCCAAUCGCAAGUGAACACAGUGUGGAAAGGCGCCAGGUGGCUGAUCGACGUCAUCACAUUCGCGAGAGAUCGCGGCUCCUCCCAACAAAACACCGUCGGCAUCUGCAUGAAGCACCUGCUCAGCCUGGACAGGAACAAGAACAGCAACAACAGCCUGAAACGCAGUCUGUUGCAACUACCACCCAGAGAUCCCAAGCUCGUAAAGUCGAGCCCCGGCCGAGGCAGUUGGCCAGGGCCCAAUUUGUCCAGCUCGGCGUCCAACCUCCUCACGACGGAAUUCAGCAAGAGCGAGCAGCAGCUGCCCAGCGGACAGUACGUGCGCAAAGGCAGCAAUACGUCGAACGUGUCGACGGGCUCGGAGCCGCAAAAGUCGUGCGCGCCGAUGAGCAGCAGCAGCAAUCUGACGACCACCAGCAGCGCGAAUCACCUGAUACCGCUGCAGAACGCACGGCUCCCGCCCUCCAAGUCCGAGGACACGCUGAUCCUCACCAAAUACAAGCACAGUCCGCGAAACCGAUCCGCCACGAUCACCUCGGCGUCGGCCAGCACCAGCCCGUUGCUGAGCAUCAAGCCGAUCAUCUACGGCGGCUCGUUGCUGAGCGUCUCCACGGCGAUGACGAACACCACGAGUAUGCUUAGCGUCAGCAACACGAACUCGGACAGCCUGCACUCGCUGAGCAGCGACGAGUACACCACGCCGAAUUCCAGCGUUUGCGUCUUAAAGCCUAGCCACGCGGUCAAAGUGAAAACGACCGCGAGCGUCGCGGCGAUGGCCACCACCGCGUCGCAGGACGACGAGGAGAAGGAGGAGGCGACGAUGAUGCCGGCACCUCUGCCGGGUAUCCUUCAGGUUUACGCGGCCUACGAGACUGGUUUGGCGGCCGGCACCAGCUUGAAAUUACACGUAACACCAAGGACGACGGCGCGAGAGGUCGUGGACCUCGUUGUUAAACAAUUGAACAUGGCGGUGGUGCUGAAGGGUCAAGAGGGGCCUAUCUACACGGCCGACGAGCUACCGAACUUCUGUUUAGUUGCCGUAAUUGGUGCGCGCGAACGUUGCUUAAGGGACGACUUUAAGCCCCUUCAAUUGCAGAACCCGUGGAAGAAGGGACGACUCUACGUUAGACAAAAGCAAGAUGUUCUAGCCGCCCUCGAGCACAGUAGUAAGCACACUGCGUACUUAUAGCACAAGUAAAGCGCGGUGUCUGUGUGAAUAAUAAUAAUCUAUCUUAUGUAUCUUUCUCUCUCUCUUUUUCUCCCACCAUUGUAAAUGAAACUUCUAUAUGCGUAAACGUCACUAAUGUAUCUCUCGCACAAAGCGACCUGGUCGGAUAUUUUCAACGGUGCUACCGAGGGAGAGAAAUGUUUCGAUCGAUAGAGAGAUUUUAUCUAGAAAUGAAGAAACAGUUCUGCAAACGAUGAUUUAUACGACCAUUUUUACUAUAUUUUGUCAAUGUUUUAUGUAUGUUUACGUAAAAAUUAUUUGGAUAUUAGAAGAUAUUUCUUUAUCUCGACUUUUCCUCCAGUUUACGAUAUUUAACGUUUGUGAUCGGGUCACUGCGUGCGAAACAAGCUCUAUAUUCACGAAAUGAUUUGACCCGUGCGUGAAAGAAAAAGGGACGCUUGGCCUUUUGAAUAAGCGAAAGAUUAGCCGCGAAAGAUCUAACGAGCUUCGUAAAAAACCGCUUAUUAAAGUGUACCGACCUUUCGUAUUUUACACUUUAGCUAAAUUAGUUAUCCCUUCUCUCUCUCUCUCUCUCUCUCCCUCUCUUUCCCCUAACGCGAGACAAUUUGGUGCAAUUAUAUUUUAAUCUGCUCUCGUCGUUAUGCGAUUUAAACAUAGAUAUGCGCUUCAUGAGGCGCCAAAUUUUAGCGAAACGGAGCGUUGAAGAUACGAAAAUACGAAUAAUUAAGUAUAAUUAUAUAUAACGAUGCUUCUCGAUUAGUCACGGCGACGCGGGCAACUUCGAUGGGUCAUCACAAGCGUGAUAAAUACCUCUCUGACCGAUGAAAUAGGGAUAUGUUCUAUUUAGAUGAUGUGUACAUUCCGCGUUUGAAAUUCGUGAUUUCACGAACACGAUCUGUAAUAUUCUUCAAAUGUUGUAUAGUUAGUUUGUAAAAGAAUUAUAUAUAUAUAUAUAUAUAUAUAUAUAUAUAUAUAUAUAUACUCUCGAGACAUACUGUUAUAUUUUACGUAUCGAUCUCAAUGUUUUAUUCGACCGGCGUGUCGUCAAGCAUGACGCGCUAAUAAGAUCUCAUUGCUCCUUAUAUCGCGGCUCGUCGUGUCCGAGUACAUAUCGUCGUUGGAAAAGCCCUUUUUAAGCUCGCCCCGCUUGACAGAAACUCACGGAUAAGGAUCGACAUCCUUUUCUCAUAGAUAUUUCGCGAUGAACGAUUGGUACAAGAGAGAUAUAUAUUAGUCGAGUACUCGGAUACCUCGAAGCAAUAAGGAUGAUCGUUCUCCAAGUCAGCGAAAGUUUUAUAUUUAUCUUAUUGAAGUUUACGAAACGCCCGUAAUGAGGAAACAUUUGCGUUCUAACGCGGCAACGUUAUCACAUGAUAUUGUACGCGAUACUUUUUGCUUGACUAGAUCCGUGUUACCAGGCUCUGGAAAAGGAAAUGGAAUGAUUUCGAGCGCGUUCCCGACGUGUGUGUUAAGCCGGCGCACACACUUAGUAUACACAUACUUUUCUUUUUCCAAUUUCGCGAAAUAUGUAAAAUAGAAUAAUGCGAAAGUUCCUAAAGUCUGGUAGCAUCGUCUUAAGAUGACUUAGAGCAAAAGAUAUAUUUUUUAGGAGAGUGUAAAAAAAAUAAAUUCUGAGAAUGCCGACAAAUUUGGUUGACAGAAACAAAGGCGAGAGGAGAGGAAAAAAGAUACUCGAAACGGUGAAAAGACAACACGAAAAAUUAGUCUAAGAAUUUAGUUGGGAAGGCUAAAGCGACAACACCUCUGAACUAGUGUGUGUGUUGUUUUACGGUUAGUUAUUAACGUAUAGUUAAGACCAAGAGGCUUAUAGACUGUUGUACAUAAUAGAACAAAGAGUAUUAUUGAAGCUACUAUUAUUUUCUAGAGAUACAAUAAAUAAGUUAUGUAUAUUUUUUUCGUUUCGACCUGCAACUUUCGUUUCUUACUAAAUCACGAGAAGGCAUCGUUUGCUUCCUUGCGGAAAAAAAAAAAACUAUUCCGCAUCCGAAUAUAUGCUUCAUGAAGAUUUUCUUUAUGGUUUAGAGAACAAUUUCAAAGGAUACGGCCAGCCAGAUUUGUCUCGAAAGGAUCUCUCGUGUAGAGAAGAAAAUAUCCAAUCAAAAAAAGAUAAAAAAAAAAGCGAAUUAAUUUUCUCUCUAUCUCAUUAUAUCAUAGAAAACGAAUUUUAGCGGUGGAGUUCUCAAGAGCCGCAGUCGUCUACCAUGUGUACCCGUAGCUGCGUGCGUCCGACUAGGAAAACCGACGCUACGGCGGUCGAUGUGUUAUACCAAUACAAGUAUCAUAGUGCAAAGUGAUGUGCCGAGGACACCCCAAUCGCACAAUAUUACUGCACAAUAUUAGUACGCGACGAACUUCCUCCGAGCAUCCGAAGAUCCGCGUUUCAUAUCUAAUCGUCGUAAGAUCAGUCACGUAGUAUACAUACACGCGCAUGUACGUGACGAUUCGACUGAAAGAGCGAAAUGGAAGGCGACAACAGGCCGAGAGAGAAACAUGUCCAGCCAUAUCGAACAGUGAAAUCUUUUCCACGCGAAUCGCUCGGAACGACGAAGCAAAGCCCUCCCCGCGCGUGUCAUUGAGAGUGCAAACAGAUCAAUUGUUUAUUUCGUUACGUCGCCCGCCGAAAGCCUACGUAAUAUCGAUCUGUCGAAGCGAGGAACGCACACUGCGUCGCGCAGAUGUCUAUCGUGAAAUCCGUCCUUCACGUCGCAGAUUCAAUUUUCGCUGUAUAUCCGGGCAUAAUCUCGGAUAUAUUCACGCUUAUUGAGCAGUAGUAUCGUGCACCGAGGGGCCACACUACCGUUGCGUUUAAACGAGAUCAAACACGGUGCACAUAUUUUUUUAUCCACGAAGUGGCAAAGAGAUCGACGAAUUUUUCGGUGUCCACCGCAGGUCCCGCUGGGUAAGUUCGCGUACGUCCCGCUAAUCUCGUAGAAAUUGAUACAGAUAGUAGUAGUUCCACCUCCCCGAUUCGAAGAUACAACUUGCGCUUCGUAACGAAUCUACUCGAUUGACUUUUUUUUUUUCGCGAAGAACACGCGAAUUAGCGGUGCGUCGACUCAACCGUGUAACGUAACCAGCCACACCUGCCGUGUUCCCCGCGUUUUUCGCCUUAGAAAUGCACGCUCGUAUUGUUGAGGCCUGACGAGGAGGAGGAGGAGGAGGAUAGAAACUUUAUUAGCACACUACCGUGAAUGUCUAUCGAUGUUGAGUGUAAACUAACCGAUUAGUCAUAAGUAUCAGGCGACGACAGGCGGAGGAAGUGAGAUCGUUACGAUUGAAGUUUAAGGAAGCAACACGAGCGAUGGAGAUUGCGAAAUUGUUACUUGUAAAUAUUAUAUAGAACAGCGAGAGAGAAAGAGCGACUGCACAGAGGAAAACAAAAUAUCACUAAAAGAGAGAUUAUUUUGGAAGAGAAAGCAAGGUCUCGUUUCUACGAUCCACCCAUCAAUGAUGUAAUUAUAUAUAGUUGUGCCUACGCGACGGCGCAGUGAGUUGACUGUUGAUUUUCGACCGAAGACAUUUACGUGCCCCUCACCUUCCCAUCUAUCCAACUGCUUCGUCCUUUCCCUCCCUCGCGAAUCGAGAAGCAAAAAUGUGUACGCGCAACGUCACUCGGGCGAAGAUAAAGAAAACAGAGAAGGAAACACGAGACGACGAGUGAUGCGAUGUGCGCGAGUAAUUAUGUACAGUAGCGAAUGGUGUUUGUAUAGAGAAGAUGGCUUUGUUUCUGUUGCGACUGGGCUCUUCUCCCCCUCUUUUUUGUCGGGGACAAAAUGUAUGACGGAAACGUACGAGAAAUAAA